AUGAGGGUUCGGUGCUUCGAGACAUAUCGCUGUGAUGAGUUUGCAGAGUACCUUGCUUCUGUGGACGCUUACUUUUUAAUGUGCCAUGAUGGAGCGGUUACAGGAUUAAAUACCAGGAAAUGUCCAGGAUUGACGCUGAAUGAUCUCGAUCUGGUGGAAGAUGAUGAUUCAGGCCUGUCGGAUUUUGGUGAGCAAGUUAGCGAGAUAUCUCCUAUCUGGGAAACCAGUGCUAUGCUACGAUCCAUGGUACACCAUUUCAUUUGUCAUGGAUACAAUGUCUCACUGAUUAACAGCCUUGAGUUCCGGGACGCAAAGGCGAUGGCGAUGGUAGUGGAGGGCUCCGCAGAACGCGCGAGACAGCUCUACAGCGCGGAAACAGCAGCCACAGAAGAUUAUGCCCAGUCGCCGAUACCAGGCUUAGAUGUAAGACUGGUCUCUGAAACUACGAUGAGAGAUGAGCUGGUCGAGGCUCAAAAUUCCCUCCAACCUACGGCCACUGUCGAUAUAAAACCAAUGUUCACGGAUCGAGCAGUGAGCGAACGACUUUCAGUGAAAUUACUCGAACUAAUGGAUUCCCGGUCGAAAUCCGAUAUGGGACAGCGUGAGAUAAUUUCCGUCUUAGCAGUCAGCGCCGUGUUUAAAUCUGGAUGUUCCGGCAGCAGUGACAAUACCCUAUCGGCGCGCUCUAUUCUGCUACAUACAAUCAUUUUAUGCGACUGUAAAUUGAAUGAGCGAACCAGUAGCCCCAUAGGUAUUGCAGAGGGCGACGCCUUUCUAAAUAGCUAUAUUGAUGCUGUGCUUGGAAUUCUCACCUCAGCUUGGUGGCAAGUAUUCACGACAAACACACGCUGUGAUAUAGGUGACAUGAUUGAUGGAAGGCUGUUCUAUGAGACUCUGAGAACACUUCGACAUCCAAACCACCAAUAUAGCUUUACUACCUCGGUAAUAUCCCGACUUGAGAUCCUCGCAUCAUUCGUAAAGGAUCUCUGUGGAGUGGAGCUAGAAUUUUCACAGUACCCCAACACUACCAAAGACUGUAUUGAGCCAAGAAGCAUCGAGGUAUGGAAAGUGAAAGGUUCAGAGUGUCCCAGUAACUCGGACCCAGAAAGAAAUUCCACUGCAGUGAUGCCAUUCAACAAUCCUGUGUUAGACCCGCAUUUGAGCCCAGUGUCCCUUGCCAUCGACAGCUCUGCCGGCGAGAAGGUGGGCCUUGCGAUAUCAAGAAUAUCAGAGGAGCGCAGCCACUGGCUUAAUCACAGAAAGCCAUUGAGUACAAAAGCUUUCCAUCAUUUAACAUGGUGGCAGCUUCGACGUAAUCAGUUUUUCAUGGCUGAAAUGAGACAAUAUGCUGCCAGUCUGACAAAUUCUGGUACCUUGGAUCCCGAGACAGUGGUUGUUAAAUCUCAAAACGGUGACCAAAGCUUGCAGCACAAUCCUCAUCCCAGGCCAGGCGCUUUAUCAGUCAGAGGCCAAGUAGCAGCUCAACAAUUGACAAAGCGAACCGAAAUAACCAACAAACACCGAAAAAAUUGGGAAAGCAAGCGUGUGGAGUUUGACAAGAUGCACAAUUAUGCUGCACGCUAUGUGAAGGUGGUCCAGUAUCUUCAGAAUAUGGACAAGAAAAGAAGAAACACUAUAGAAACCGAAGUUCUGACCUAUGGCCUCAGCACGUUGGUCCACCUAUGGAUAGAAAAGUGCAGCAGCAACCAAAGAGAUCGCUCUAUGUCAGUUGCAGCACUUAUUUGGAGCACUCUAUGUGAGAUUGCGAAGAAGGAACACGGCGUAACGGAGGAUAUAGUAAAUUGUUUGAAGGGUACGAUAAGCAAACUCUGUCUCCCAGCCGUGAAUAUUUCAGCGCAGGGUACUCAUCCACUUUCCUUUCAAUUUGCACCGAUUAUCUGCAACAAAGCCCAUGUCAGCAUUGGGUUAUCUUUUGUUGAAUUUCAACUUGUUCAGGCUGGGCCAUACCUUGAUCGUAGUAUGGGUUCCGCACCAGAUCCUCGCGUUCAUGACUUUGAACCUGAUAGGUGGCAGCGGGAUAUCCUGGACCAAAUCGACACAAGAAAGAGUCUUUUUGUGGUGGCCCCAACAAGCUCAGGAAAGACUUUCAUUUCGUAUGUUUCCCUGCUGGCUUUUUUAGAGGAUGACAACGACGGAGUGCUUGUCUAUGUGGCCCCUACAAAGGCUCUCGUUAAUCAGAUUGCUGCUGAGGUUCAGGCAAGAUUCUCCAAAAGUUUCAAGGACGUCGGAAAGUCCGUAUGGGCAAUUCAUACGCGCGAUUACCGCAUCAAUAACCCGACAGGCUGCCAGGUUCUAAUCACGGUACCUCAUAUAUUGCAGAUCAUGCUCCUUGCACCAGCAAAUGCAAACCCAUGGUCUUCUCGAGUCAAGCGUAUUAUCUUCGACGAAAUCCAUUGCAUUGGCCAAGCAGAUGAUGGUGUUGUCUGGGAGCAACUGCUUCUCCUUUCCCAUUGCCCAAUAAUUGCACUUUCCGCGACUGUUGGUAACCCCCAAGAGUUUAGCAGAUGGCUGGAAUUGACACAGAGGGUGAAUGGAAAUGAGCUUAAGAUGAUUGAGCACAAAAGUCGCUACUCGGACUUGAGGAAGUAUUCCUAUCAUCCUCCAGAUAAUUUCGUGUUUAAUGGGUUUUCAAGUCCAGACAUACUAGCUCCACUUGGCCUCGAUAAUAGUCCAAACAUGUCUUUUAUUCACCCUGUCGCUAGUUUGAUUGACCGAUCCAGAGGUAUUCCUGAUGAUUUGACUCUGGAGCCACGAGACUGUUGGACCCUUUGGAUUGCGAUGGAGAAGUGCAAGACAGCGCAAUUUCCAAUUGACAAGUCGAUGAACCCAUCCGUCGCUCUGCCAGCUAUUAUUAGCAAAGCGGAUAUUAUCCAGUGGGAGAAUAAGCUAAAAGCUCUCCUAAAGUCCUGGAUGAAUGAUGAUAAUUCACCGUUUGGUAGAGUCUUGAAAGAGUUAUCGUACAAGCCUCAGACAGAAGGUAAAUGUCGUACUCAAGUAUCAUCCGGCGAAACCGAUAAUUCGGAAAACAAACACGAGAUUAAGAAGAACAGUAUUCUCGAUACCACUCUGCCAUUGAUCUGCUCGCUCCAUGAUCAAGGUGCUCUUCCGGCUCUGAUCUUUAAUUACGACCGGAGCCAUUGUGAGCGUAUAUGCCAUCAUCUUCUCAAUCAGCUUGAAGAUGAGGAGAGCCGGUGGAAAGAAUCUAGUUCGGCGUGGAAAAAUAAGAAACUCAGGUGGGAGGCAUGGAAGAAAGCAGAAGAAAAAGGUGCUAAACUGCAGAGAAAGAACGAGGCUAAGGGAUAUGGUAAGAUAUCGAAAGAUGAGCAGAUCCGUGAUUCAGCUUUCGUUGAAAGAAGCAAAUAUAGCUUAUUUGACCCCAAAGCGCUAGUUCCCGGGUAUCACCUGGCGGAUAUCAAAAAGCUUUCGGGAGAAGAAUUCGAGGAACAUGCAAAGGAAUUGAAGCACAGGCACAUACCGGAAUGGCUUAUUGGGGCUUUGAGACGCGGUAUUGGCGUUCACCAUGCUGGAAUGAAUCGCAAAUAUCGUCAGGUGUGUGAAGUCCUGUUUCGAAAGGGCUAUCUACGUGUGGUUGUUGCUACAGGAACCUUAGCUCUUGGUAUCAACAUGCCUUGUAAAACAGUUGUCUUCUCUGGUGACUCAAUCUUUCUAACGGCUCUUGGGUUCCGUCAAGCGGCUGGUCGAGCUGGCCGUCGUGGCUUUGACUUCCUAGGGAACGUUGUCUUCCAGGGAGUUCCUUAUGCGAAAGUCUGUCGUUUACUCAGCUCAAAGCUUCCGAGCCUCAAUGGACAUUUUCCUAUCACGACUAGCUUAGUCCUCCGCUUGCUUAUCUUGCUUCAUGAGUCUAAACAAGCUCCAUACGCCGUGAAAGCAAUCAAUUCAAUCUUGUCAUGCCCACGCAUCUACCUCGGCGGGCCAGAGUCCAAGCAUACCGUUCUUCACCAUCUUCGGUUUUCAAUUGAAUACCUCCGCCGAAACUACCUUUUGGAACAAGGAGGAGCGCCGCUAAACUUCUCUAACAUUAUUGCGCAUCUCUACUACACUGGGAAUUCCAGUUUCGCGUUUCAUGCACUACUUAGCGGAGGAUACUUUCAUAAUGUCUGCAAAGGGAUCGACCAAAGGCCAAACCAGGUACUUCUGACCCUCAUGCUCGUCAUGUCGCACCUGUUCGGUCGCCAUUACCUUCGACCGGCUAUUCUAGAAUCACACCAAGGAGCAACCAAAAGCUCACCUUCAGUGGUGAUCCUUCCACCGAUGCCCGAGGAAGCAGCUCGGAUCCUACGUUCCCACAAUGAGAAGACCCUAGACAUCUACUCAGCCUAUGUCACAACCUACAUCGAACAACACGUCAAAGACAUUGAUAGUCUCCUCCCACUAACCAACCUCAAAUGCGGAGGCGACAAAUCCCCUGAGGAUAUCAACCCAUCAAUGCCAUUCCUUCCCCCGACACAGGUCACUUCCUCCUUCGUCGCUCUAUCCGGCCAUCGCGACAAAUGGGUCAGCAUCUCUGAGCUCUGCAAAAACGUCCGAAGCGGCGUAUGGCUAGAGCAAACCGUUGUCCCUUACGUGGGGCUAUACCCAGAAGAAGGAACCCUCCCCUUGAACGCCUACUUAUUCGACUUCUUCAAGCACGGCAACGUCCACGCUCUUGAAAACGACAACAUGAUCCGUAAGGGUGACAUCUGGUUCCUGUUAAAUGACUUCUCACUCGUUCUGGCUACCAUCGUGACUAGCUUAGAAAAUUUCCUUCAUUUGUCACCCAUUAAAGACCCGGAGCUUUUGAAUACCAUGGGCAGUGGUGACGUCUAUCAAGAAGAACUAGACAUCAAUCUCGCGGAAAAAUUCUCCGAUUUCGACGACAAGGCUUAUAAGCCGAGUAAGCAUCUUAAUAACAGACCUCCUAAGCAACCAUCACCCCCCUUGCGGGCCAAACCCAAAAAGCCCAAGGUAGCCGACAGCUGGGAAGAUGAAGUGAGUGAUGAGGAGUCGGACAAAGAAGAAAAGGAAGAAGUCAUUCCAAUGGCCCUCCCGAAAGAUUCGGAGAAGAAGUUGAAGAAAUGUACCAGAAAAAGUAUGCAGGAGGAUGACCACGCCGCUCAUGCAAAUACAGCCCUGGAUGGACAAGCGAUCUCGUGGGUCCUGGAGGCCUUCCGUAGGCUUCAGGCUGAAUUUGAUGGAAAUUUCAAAGCUACGUGGGCAUGA